AAAUCGCAACCACGCCUCCGUCACCGUCUGCUCAGAAGUCAGCCAUACUUCUCUUUUUUUUUGUAACUUCACUUUCUGUUCCCUAUCCGUCUGUCUUGAGUUCUGAUCUUAUUUGCUGAAUCCGGCCAAAAGGAUGGCAGAGAUGGAAGGCCUCGAGUUUGGCAAGUCAGACUUUGUGCUUCUGGAUGAGGUGACCAUGGAGCAGUUUAUGGACAAUCUCAAAUUGAGGUUCGAAAAGGGUCGGAUCUACACCUACAUCGGCGACGUGGUGGUUUCUGUGAACCCGUACAAAGAAAUGGACAUCUACGGGAAAGACGCAAUCGCCGCAUACCGUGGUCGUGAGCUAUACGAGAACCCGCCUCAUCUCUACGCAGUGUCCGACGCCGCCUAUAAGGCCAUGAAAAGACGAGCUAAAGACACUUGCAUUGUCAUAUCAGGUGAAAGCGGUGCCGGGAAAACAGAAGCCAGUAAAUACAUCAUGCAGUACAUUGCGGCCAUCACAAACCCAAGUCAGAGAGCCGAUGUUGAAAGCGUGAAGAGCGUUCUACUCAAGUCCAACUGUGUCCUGGAAGCUUUCGGGAACGCCAAGACCAAUCGCAACGACAACUCCAGCCGUUUCGGCAAGUACAUGGACAUCAACUUUAAUUUCAAUGGUGACCCCAUGGGAGGUCACAUCAACAACUACUUACUGGAGAAGUCCAGAGUGGUUCACCAGCAAGAAGGGGAGAGGAACUUCCAUGCAUUUUACCAGUUUUUACGAGGAGGAUCGAAUGAAACCAUCGCCUCGUUUCACCUGCAAAAUGAUCCGAGUGUUUAUGUGUACACUAAGGAGGGAGCCGCGGCCUCUACGUCGAACAGCGAUCAGUCAAGCCACAAAGCUGUCGUUCAUGCCCUGGAAGUGAUUGGCUUUUCCAAAAAGGAAAUUCACUCAACUUAUCAAAUUCUAGCUUCCAUCCUCCAUCUUGGUAAUAUCCAGUUUGGGGGUGAUGGUGAGAAUGUUGAAGUUUUGGACCUUGAAGCUGUGAACCACAUCGCAGAAUUGACGGGAACAGACGCCGACAGUGUCGUGAAGAGCUUGCUGUUUCGUACCGUAGCCACCGGCGGUGGCGAGGUCAUUGAGAAAGGUCACACGGAAGAAGAGGCCUGUUUUGGGCGGGAUGCUUUUAGCAAGGCUCUCUAUGAGAGACUUUUUGGGUGGAUUGUCGGACGCAUCAAUGACAUCAUCGAGGUCAAAGAUUACAACCCGGCGCUUCAUGGGAAAAAUACCGUCAUUGGUGUGCUGGAUAUUUACGGAUUUGAGAUAUUUGACAACAACAGUUUUGAGCAGUUUUGCAUCAACUACUGCAACGAAAAACUGCAGCAACUUUUCAUCGAGCUGAUCCUCCAACAGGAACAAGCCGAAUAUAAUCGAGAGGGUAUCCAAUGGCAACAUAUUGACUACUUCAACAACCAGAUUAUCGUGGAUCUCGUGGAGCAGCAGCACAAAGGGAUCAUCUCCAUUUUGGAUGAAGCUUGUCUCACUGUUGGUAAAGUCACAGACACUGUUUGCCUGGACAGCAUGGACGUCAAACUAGCACAACAUCCUCACUACACAUCCCGAAAGCUCACCCCUACUGACAAAACCAUGGACUUCCAAAAGCACUUUCGAAUCCGCCACUAUGCAGGAGACGUCACAUAUUCCGUCGAGGGCUUUUUGGAAAAAAACAAAGAUCUACUUUUCCAAGAUUUUAAGCGCCUCAUGUAUCACAGCUCCAACCCAGUGAUGAAGGAGAUGUGGCCGGAUGGUCAACUCGGCAUCACGGAGGUCACCAAGCGCCCGCUUACAGCAGCUACCCUCUUCAAAAAUUCCAUUGUGGCUUUGGUGGAUAAACUGGCCUGCAAGGAGCCGUACUACGUGAGAUGCAUAAAACCAAACGAGUUGAAGUCCCCGUUGUUGUUUGAUGAUGCUCGCUGCCAACAUCAGGUGGCUUAUCUGGGUCUUCUGGAGAACGUCAUGGUGCGAAGGGCGGGUUUCGCCUACAGGCAGCCCUACGCUCGUUUCUUGCAGAGGUAUAAAAUGACAUGCGAAUACACUUGGCCCAAUCACCUGAUGGAGUCCGACCGGGAUGCGGUGGAGGCCAUCGUCAAGCAGCACGGUUUCCAGGACGACGUGGCCUACGGUCACACCAAGCUUUUUGUACGGACGCCUCGAUCUCUCUUCACUUUGGAACAAGAGCGAGCUGCCCUCAUCCCCAUCCUGGUGCUUUUCUUACAAAAGGUAUGGCGGGGAGCUCUCGCUCGUAUGAGGUGCCGGCGGUUGAGGGCCAUUUAUGCCAUCACGGGCUGCUUUAAGCGCUACAAGGUCAAGGCCCACUUCCGAGAAGUCGAGCAGCGGUUCGCCAAUGUCAGAAACAUGGCCGACUACGGAAAAAGCAUCGAGUGGCCGACUCCACCUGCCGCUCUGACACAGUUUCACAUCAUCACAGUCAUGUUGCAUCGCAGGUGGUGGGCGAGACAGAUGGUGAAGAAAAUCCCGCCGUCAGACAUGCUUGAGAUUCGAGCCAAAGUCGCCGCUCUGACUACUCUCGGCGGGGAGAGAAAAGACUGGGGCUGCUGUCGAGCCUGGGAGGGAGACUACUUAGCCAAUGUGCGAGACUGCCCUCAAUCCAGUUCCGCCUUCGCUCACUUCUCCCGGGAGCUGAGGAACAAAGACGAGUACAGUCAAGUUCUCUUCUCGGGCUUCUGUAGGAAGGUGAACAGGUUCAACAAAAGCACCGACCGCGGCUUACUCAUGACGGACAAGUAUUUUUAUAAAUUAGAGCCAAAAAAACAAUUCAAGAUCUUAAAGAAAAUUCCCUUGGACACUCUAACAGGAUUGAGCGUGACUAGCGGAGUAGACCAGAUGGUGGCGCUGCACAUAUCUUCGCAGGAUGACGUUCUUCUGUGUUUCCAAUACGGGGAACUCUGUCCCAACCAGGACCGGGUCGGCGAACUGGUGGGAACCUUGGUGGACCACUUUACACGUGUAAGAAAAACACCGUUAGCUGUGAAGGUGUGUCCGUCCGGCAUCCGGGUAAACAUGCGAGGCAAACCCAAGACUGUUACCGUGGAAACCAAGGCGGGCCAAACUCACGCUGAUUUCAAGAAGAGCAAAGAUGGUUUUAUUCUACUGGUUCCGGUCAAGUGAGAGAGUUAUUUCAUCCUGUCAUACAACACAAAUUUGAUAGGUUUGAGCAUUUAAAAAAUGCUUUCUUCGUAACAGAAAUAAAAGUGAACAGAAUAAAUUAUUCAAACAGUUUAUGUGCGUUAGAAUUCCCAGUGAUAAAAAAAUCCCCGGUGCGCUCUGUAAAUGACUUUUAAAUAAAUCUGUUUUCUAAAAUACACUGACUUAAUGUUUUGGGGUUUCCUGUACGCAAUCCACUCAGAUACAAUAUCCCGGUUGUUUAGACGAGAGCACAAACAGUCGGAUUUAUCUGUAAUCCAAAGCGUCCGUUGAAAACAUGCAAUGGAGCUCACCGACUGUAGAAAACUGGACUAAACGACGCAUGAGUUAUUUCCUGUCUUGUCCCUUUGGUGUCCUCAGGAUUACAUCCGAAUGAUUGCAGACGUUGGUAUCAAAAUGCAAAAAAAAAAAAAAAAACAUAUCACGCAAGACUAAAGGUAAAAUUUGUUAUUUUGCAAAUGGAAGCCACACUGCCAGAUCAUAUUUGACAUUCAUUCCUUUUUUUUUUUUUUUUCUGACUUUAACGACAGUCCAACACCUUGAAAGGGUUUAAUUGGACUCUUACUCACUUAUCAGUCUCUUGACAUCCUUUCUCAGACACUCUAACAUCAAUUCACACCUUGCAAGAUGGUCUAUAACGGUCCUCACAUCAGUGUGACUGUCUUUCAUGAAUGUGUGAACGACUCUUGGGGAAGUUAAAAUGUCUUCUUAGCUUGUUUUUGUAUGCAAGGAACAGAACUUUGGAGUCUGUUCUGUUUUUCGACAGGUGGAUAGAAAAUGAUGAAUGCGUUCUUCUUUAUCUCCUCACGUUAUACAAAUACGAGUCGUCGAGCUCUAAUCGAAUUGAUCAGGCCUGGCUGAUUGUUGAUGCAAUCACUUUAAGCGCCAUGCAAUUCCAUUAUGGAGAGGCUGGCACCUGCUUUGCUUCUCUUUAGGGAUUACCAGCCGCGCAAUUAGAAUUUCGUAAUGACUUGGAGAGGAUUUAGCAUAAUAUGUGUCCCAGAGCUGUGUUUUUUGCCCCUAAAUCCUCUCAGGGCAGACCCAGCACUGCUCUGGAGAGCCCAGCAGGGUUUUUUUUUCCUUCAUGCAUCUCUCCAUUAUCAGACUGGAGGGGAGGUCACAUGUUGGAGAUUACAGUAACAUGAGGGGCAGAUUGCUAUUCGCUCGGCUCCAUCUAAACCAACAUGCCACCAGACUGGAUGUUUACUAAUCUGGACAAAUUUGACAAAGAGUUCUAACUUGGAUAUUUAAAUGCCCAUUUAGGGAAUUAGGAGCUGCGUUUUUUUCACAUCCAGCUGGUGCAACAUUUCAGAUAACCUGAGAAGCUCCGCUUUAAAUUUAUUAUAGUGAAUGAAAAAUAAGGAUAUAUCUAAAAGUAAAAUUGGAAAAAUAUUUUUGUUAAUAAAAAAAACAUAAAACUAUUAUAUUAAAAAUGUCCUGUUUUAAUUUUUCAUUUAUUUUAAUCUGUUAUUUAUUAUUUACUAUUAUUUAUUCUUUAUUUUUAUUUUGACCUCAAGUUUUCUCAUGACCUUUUCCUCAAACUCAAAUUAAUUCUGCCGACAGGAUUCCCGGCGGAUUAAUUGUGCUGGUCAUGUGUGACUUCAUGUUUGAAGUUGAAUUGGUGGAACUGGUUCCUUGAACACAAAACAAUUGGAAGUUUGUUACGUUAGGCAUAAAAGAUGAAACUGGCUGUUAUUGGAUUCAAACAGCGAGACAUAAACAGGCAUGGACGACAUUGAACGGUACAUCUGGCUACCAGGUCUUGCGAACCCUAAUCCUUUUCUAGGAAGCAUUGACAGAGUGUGUUUGCAAAAUGAGUGAUCCCAGCAGGCUCGUAAAAGUCAGUGAAGAGCAACCGAGGCCUCCUCAAAGCAACCACGGAACAGAAGUGCCCAAGGUUACCCAGGAAGGUAACCAUGGAAACCCAGAGGGACCAAGCUGGAAGGGGGAGAUUGAAAUUCAGCAGUUAUAUUAUAUUUAGAUAUUUGUUUUAACAUCUGCCCAACGUUGCUGUAACUGUGAAACAAUCUGUGUGUACGCAGGCUGCCCUGGAGCUGCCGGAGACAAACACCACAAGUACAAUGACCAUCUUUGUGUCACCAUCUGCUGCAUUGAUGGUCCAAGCAACCAUCAAGUCCUUGUGAUGCACAAAGAGGGACCACAAACAUGGUGUGCUUCCUGUCCUGCAAGUCGAUCUCUAAGGAGGCUUUUGAUUGGAUGAAGUGAAUUCCAACUCCAGCUGAGACGGCAGUUAAUUGGCUUGGAAGGAUCGGAGGAGCAGCUACCGGAUCCUGCUCAGAGUCAGAACAUGAUGUCACCCUCGCUUCCUGGAACAAAGAGAGAGAGCA